GAGAUAAAUUUUCAAGGGAGACACAGGGGCCCGAAAGAAAAAUUCAUUACCAACUAUUUUCGUCCGAGAACCGAUACUUGGGAACAUCCCAACAGGUUCACCCCUUUAUACCAAGAUUCACCACACAAGAGGGUGAGAACAGAGGACUAGAUCAGAGUCUUAGUCCUGCCACCCUUACCAAUGAGGAGGAAAGGAGUAGAGGUAUUUUUAAUUUAACUGGAAUUCCACUUACAUCUGAGGAGAUAGACCUACUCUCGAAAGGGAUGAAAUUUGCCCCUAAUAAAAAGGCGAAUGACUUUGACCUUUAUAUAGAUCUUAAAAAGUUUAUACGCUCUCUAACCAUAAAAAGACAUUUCCUCCAACAUCCUUCUACCACUGAGAGGGAAAUAGAUACUGUAUCUGAAAGGGAAGACUAUAGGUUUCAACCUAAAUCUCAUUUUUUUCCGGUUCAAAGUAAGGGCCCCUUCUUAGAAACUUUUGAACAUAUGGUUGAUCAGGCUUUCCAAUCUAUUGCUAAAAAGAGAAAAAGUGGAUCAUGCCCCUUUAAUCUAACAAAAAGGGAAGAAACGACUUUAAAACAUCUUAUGGAAAGAGAGGACCUGGUGAUCAGGGAGGCUGAUAAGGGAGGAG